AAAUCCAGGCCAUUAUCGGAUCCAAUAGCUUAUCGUCGCCGGCUAAUCUUCCAAUAUGUCAUGCUAAUGGGAGAGAACGACGGCGCUGGGUCGGCGCCGGUGAUCAUACCGCCUUCGUGGGAGGAGGCGGCGGAGUUCAUCGCUCGAGAGGGAGACACAGCGCCGCCACCAAUUGCUGUCGUCUGUGGCCCUAAGAACAGCGGCAAAUCCACCUUCUCUCGAUAUCUCCUCAACACUCUUCUCUCACGGUAUAAAAAAGUUGGUUAUUUGGACACUGAUGUUGGACAACCCGAGUUCUUUUUGCCUGGAUGUUUGUCAGUUCAUAUAAUAGAUGAACGCAUAUCAGAUUUGAGGAGUUGGAGUUUAAAAUCACCAGACAGGUGCUGUUUUUUCGGAGAUGUUUCUUCAAAGAGGGAUCCACAGGCUUAUUUAGGACAUGUUAGAGGCUUAUAUGACAAUUUCCUUGGAGAGCAUUAUAAAUUCUAUGAGAAACAAGCAUUGCCUCUAAUUAUUAACACACCUGGUUGGGUGAAAGGUACUGGUUAUGAUCUGUUGGUUGAGAUGUUGAAGUACAUUAGUCCCACCCAUGUUGUGCAAGUACGCAUCUCUGCUGAGAGUAAGAAUCUUCCAAAAGGCGCAUUUUGGUUGGAUGGCGAACAUUAUGGAUCCCUUCAUUUGAUAGACAUCUAUUCAGCACGCACAGAUUUUUUUAAUCAGUCGGUGUUAACUCGAAAGGAUGCUGGCACCUUGCGUGAUCGUCGCCUUUUUGAAUACUUCAAACUUUGUUUUCCCAGUGAUUUGGAUAUCAAAACAAACAAGGACCUUGCAUAUGCAUUGGCUUCUCUUUGUCCCUAUGAAGUUCCAUUUUCCAGAAUUAAAGUGAAGCACCUCCAUUGUCAAGUUCCAAAUAGCGAAGUCUUCCAUAGUCUAAAUGCGACAAUUGUUGGCUUGGCGAUUAAUUCCGGAAAGCCUCCAUCAUCCUUCUCACAACAGUGUGUUGGACUUGGUAUUGUGAGGGGUAUAGACGUUAAAAACGAUCGAAUUUAUGUUAUCACACCUGUCCCUAUACACAAUCUGCAAAAGGUUGACCUUCUUCUGCAAGGUUUGAUUGAAAUCCCGACCGGUUUCUUGCAGGUUCGGCGAUGUUUAUCACCGUACAUGGCCACAAAUGUUCUGCACAAACUACCUGAGAAAGACGAAUAGAAUGUCGAAUUUUUGAUGUGGCAAGAAAAGAAGAAAUUAAGCACUGUUGUUUCUUGAUUUGAGUUCAUCUGUUUGGAAAACUUAGAUAUCUGAUCUUGUGAAUUCUUUUUAUUGGUUUUAUGUUUUAUUUGAAAUGAAAAUCAAUUUUGUUGCUCA